AUGGAGUGGAGUAUUGAGUGGCUGAUAGUGCUAGUGGUGGUGCCUUGUUUGGGGGAAGAUAACGGCACUACCACAGAAACUGUUUUGAUUACAACGGAAUGGUGCGAGGAUGCCAACUGUACUAUGCUAAAUGAGACCAUUAUUAGUAGUACCACCCCUGAGGCACCCAAAAUAAAUACGACAAAGGAACCAAAGAAACAGGGAGUGAAGAAGAAGAAGAUUAGUCAUGGCGUUUGUUGGUGUGAUUUACAGCUGGACAUCUGUGACGUAAACUGCUGUUGUGACCCCAGCUGUUCCCCCUCGGACAAAUCCCUCUUUAAGUACUGUCAAAGGGACCCCAAUAGGGUCCGCGAUGACUCCCUAUGCCAUUACAAAGACCUUUUCUACAUAAACAACACGGAAAUGGUGAAAUGGGAGGCGAACAGUGACGGAUUGUUUUGUGUGGUGAGUAGAUAUGUGCCUGCCAGUAGGACGGUGCAGAGGGAGGGCCUGUUGAGGAGGGAAGAGGUGCCAGUGAGGAGCUUUUGGGGGUACCACGAGGUCCCGGAGGUGAAACUGAACGCGACGUAUUAUCGGUUUGGUGAUCCCGUUUGGGUUGUGAAAGAUGGGGUGAGGGGGUUGUUGAGUUUGCCCGAUAACUUUUUGUCUGCCCCCUGUAGCAUAGGGGUGCCGGUGAAAUUUUUACAGGAUGCCAAAUCUUCUUGCGGCCAAACCGUUCUGGAUGGGACCAAUUCGUUAUUAAACUUCUCAACUUUUUAUGACCGCAUUCGCGUCAUUUCCAACCCUAAAAUCCUUAAUUUAACGGGCGGGGUACCGGUGGAAUCUUUGCAGUGCGACCGUAACCUUAAAAACUGCUCCAAUAAGAAAGUUUCCGCGUUAUUUUGCCAACAGAAUCGAUGCCAAAACGCCCUUAAAAAAUUACACUAUCGACUCUAUCACAACGGUACGGGGGGCGUUCAAAAAGUGCUCCUGCUGGCCCACUUGGAUAACGUUCGCGGGGAGUUUUCGCAAGAGUACUCGCUCGAGUUCUUGUGGCUUAACACCACCCGAAACUAUUCGAAAAUCUUUAGCGGUAACCCCGGAUAUAUCGUCGGAAAACCGGUGCUAAUAAAAACAAAUGCCACCCUAAGGAACUCGACGGAAUUCCUCGAUAAUUUCCUGACCAUCCCCGGUAAUGUACGGGGGAGGUGCGUCAAGAAUUACACCCAUUACGACCCCAUAGAGUUCGGGUAUAAUUCGUUAACGAAAUGUUCGAUACAGGGUGGAAAUGCCACGGGAAUUUUUAGUCUAUACGGGGUGCCUUUAAGAAGUAAUGUUACCCGAAUGUUUGGGGCCUACGGUAAUGGGGGCCAAUGGGGCGAGAUUUUAUACGAGGGGUUGCCAAAGUGUAAUAUGACCCGUGCGGCGUGUAAGAACCUGACUACUAGGGUGGAUAUCAAAGUGUUUUACGUUAGGGUGGAUAUAGAUGAGACCGUAUUGAAUCAGAACAAGAUUUUGGGGGUGAAAGUUUGUUUUGGUAAUAAAGAGGUGGAGAAACAGGGUCUUAUCGAGCUGGUGACCCAAGUGAGUUUUCACGACGUUACCGGGGUGAAACAGAAGAAGUUCGUUGACCCACCCAGUUUGGAUGCGAGGUUGCCUUACGAUUUCUUUUAUCCCUUCGUUAAAUUGGGCAACGGGGGGGUUACAAGGGGCCAUUGGGGCCUUAAAGUUGUUUUAACCACGUUUGUUCUAAUUCACACGGUUUUGUAGUGUAAUAAAAUAAAUUAUUAUGAAAAA